UACCCAGGACGGUUUUUCCCGCGAACGGAACGGCAGUAUAUAGACAGUGUGUAGGUUGCGAUCGCCCUCUAAAGCAGUCCAGUGCAUCAGGUCGAUCGGUGAAUGCAGUUCGCUGCAGCAGUGCUUCUUGUUUGAAACACGUUUGGCCGAUUUUGCCCUCCAAAAAGUUGUGCGUUGAAGAGCCCUCAGUCAUGAUGAGCCACCGUGUCCGAUCGGCCGUGCUUCUGUUGGCAGUUCUGCUCGGCAGUGCGGAGUGUGGUUCGGUCGGUAGUACUGCGCUGCCAGCGUCACCGUGCCCGAGCAUCUUCAGAUACGCCGCGGAUAGUAUCAAGCAACAGAUCUACGGUGUCGUGGACACGCGACAACAACAGGUGGAUAAGACCGGCACCCUUGAGUUGCAUCUCUCGAUCGCCGGGGAACUACUGUCGAAAUACGUCGGAUCCAUCGAGGCCAUCGAAGACAAUGCGCAGAUUACGGAGCAGUUCAGCAAGGGACGCGGAGUAUCGUAUCGGAUCAACUUCCCGCUCCAGGAGCCGCUACCGAAGCUCACGAAGCUUGUAUUUAACGGGCGCGAACUGUGCACCGGCCCCGGCGACCGUGGAUCCUUCGUCAGCUCGGUGACGCUGCGGCACUUCCUGCGGUCCGAUACGUGCAAGGAUAAGUGUGAACCCAGCAAGCUACUGCCACCGAACCCGGCACCUUUCGUGCCACCGAACCCUGCACCGCUCGUGCCACCGAGCUCGCAGCGACCGGAAACAACCGUCGCUCCGAUUGCCGCUGGACCCGGCCCGAGACCCACGGCAAAGGCAGACGGGCCAACGGAGACGGGCACCGUCCCGACUAUCCAGCACGAGUACCAGCGGACGAUCGAGCGUAAGGAGGAAACGACAAACCCGCACGGGAACGGCUCCUCGGUGAAGUACAUCCGAGAGGAGAUCACCUACCGCAAACAGGUCAUCACACCGGACGGAACCGGAAGCCUGCAGCCGGACGAACUGAAGCUGCCUUCGUUCGUCAGCGGCGCGGGCUUCCAGUAGAUCGGAUGUGCUCGGGU